AUGGCUUCACUUUCACUGGUGCGUAGAUACGUCUUCGUUUUAAAUUUCUUCAUACUCUUAAAGUUCGAAGAAACAUUUUCUUCAAGAUUAGUGAGAUCUCCGGCUAAAGUAGCUGAGAUUGGAGCCGAUGAUUAUCCAUCUACGGGUCGUAAUUCACCGGUCCACGACCUCGGUUUCCCCGACUUCCCGUCUUUUCAAGAAGCAAUUGUGGCACCACCACCACCUCCGCCUGAUCUGCCUCUCCUUCCGACGCCAGCUCCGCUUGAUCUGCCUCUCCUUCAGCCGCCACCUCCGCUUGAUCUGCCUCUCCUUCCGCCGCCACCACCAUCGCCAUUUCUCGGUCUUGAGGGACCUCCUAGGGUUCCAGUACCAGUUUGGCCUUCUCUCCCAGCAUUCAUGCCCUUUCCGUUCAUAGAUCAGCCCCCUCCUUCCGAACCCUUUGUUCCAAGAUUCGACGAGUCCGAUAAUGUGAUGCCUUCUAGUCCAAGUAACCCUCUAGGGUUUCCAUAA